AUGGCAACUGUAACAAUGGAUGCUAAAUUAAAAGAAGCUAUACCAUUAUAUGAAAAACUAAAAAAUGAAUGGGGUCGUAAGCCACCCAAUGUUGGCAAAACUGAUGAAUUGCUCAAUUUAUUAAAAAAUUUAUUUGCUGAAGGUGGAUUCUAUCCAUCGGAUUCAAAUGAAGAUACACGUGGUUUACAUAUUGCACGUGAUACACUUGAAAUAGCAGCACAAUGUGCAAUUCAAAAAGGUGAUAUACCAGCAUUUGAACGAGCUCUUGCUCAACUUAAACCAUUUUAUUUUGAUCUUGAAAAUCGAAUACCUGAAUCACCGUAUCGUUAUUUAUUACUUGGCUUAAAUUUACUUUGUUUAUUAUCACAAAAUCGUCUUGCUGAUUUUCAUACGGAAUUGGAAUUACUUACACCAAAAGUUAUUCAAGCAAAUCCAUAUAUAAAACAUCCUGUUUCCCUUGAACAGUAUUUAAUGGAAGGAAGCUAUAAUAAGGUUUUUCUUGCUAAAGGAAAUGUUCCAUCACCUUUAUUUACUUUCUUUAUGGAUAUUCUUCUUAAUACAAUUCGUGAUGAAAUUGCAUUUUGUAUGGAAAAAUCCUAUCGACAAGUAUCAUUAAAUGAAGCUGCACGUAUUCUUUAUUUAAAUAAUCCAGAAGAAUUAGCUGAAAUAACAAAAAAUCAUGGUUGGAAAUUGGCAUCUGAUCAAUCAUUUCAUUUUGCUGAUAAUCAAAUAAAACAUGAAAAUGAACAUAUACCUGCAGAUGAAAUUGCAACACAAAUGAUUCAAUAUGCACGUGAAAUGGAAAUCAUCAUUUAA